AUGGUACGUGGCUGUGUUGGAGGUGAGGGCUGGCGGCCACGUCCAGGAACUCAAAGCCAACAGAUCCAGAAGAUGGAGUCACACAUGAAGACCCAGGGCCAUGGAGCAGUUCUGGCAACAGGAACCCAGGGAAAGCCAACAGGCCCAUGGGCACAGAAUGUGCCCCCACCGGAAGAGGAGAACCCUAGGGUAAAAUGCAGAGAGUGUGGGGCCUUUGGCCACACAGCAAGGAGCAGAAGGUGCCCCAUUAAGUAUGGCCAAGUGCUCCUAGACCCACAGCCUCUGGGAGCCAGGAAGGAGAAAGAGAAUCAGGAUCCUCGCAGGACACAGGGUCUCCAGAAACCAGGGCCCAUAAGCCAGGACAAGACAGAAAAGAAGCCUAGUCAAGACACUGGACAGAGAGGUGAUGAACAGCAGAAGGCUCCCUUCCAGAAACUCCCCAUGGAUCCACAGAGGAGGGGCCAGCACAUCAACCUGGCUCAUCCCAAGAUGCCAGUGUUCAGUCCUGGAAACACAAAGAAGUCUGUGACCAACCAAAUUCAGACUACUGUGCCACCUUCCAGAAAGUCUCCUGGGAAGCAGAUGUGCCCUGGAAACCCUGUCAUCCAAAGCUCUGAUGCCUCCUGCAUCUUACCUUCCAGGCAGGAAGAAGGUCAGAACAUGGAUGUCCCUGGGGUCUCACAGCCAGUGUUCAGGCAGGGUGGUGGAAACACAGCCUCACAAGACCUGCUGGAUCAAAAGCUCCUGGGUGUCUCACAUCAACAACCCAUUGCGGUCCCUAAAAGGAAUGGAGUCGGUGAAGCAUUCCACACAGAGUCAGAAGCCCAGGGUCCCAGUGUGAAAACACAGCCCAGCCAGCAUGCUGCCCUCCAUCAGGGAAGACAGAACCCUGAACUCGGCUUCUGGACCCCAGGUGAGAAAGCUUCCUGGCAGCUCACACUGCCUAGCCAGAAAUCCUCAAAGAAACUAAGAGUCAACUCUACCAGUGCACCAGAGGAGAGCAAUGCAAGCACUGUUUUGAAGGCCUGCCUGGGUAGGCAGUCUCUUCCCAUUGCCAACAGACUUGGACUGAAAGAUGCAGUACCAGUGAGCAAGAAAAUAGCAGCCCAGGUGCCCAGCACUGACCAAGAACAGCUACCAAGCAGGCCUGCUCUGGUCUUAGCCACACCCUGUGCUAAGUCCUCUCAGCCAUCUACUAGCCAUGCUGUACGCCAGUCCCUGAGAAUGGUCUUUAGUAGACUUGAUGGUGACUGCUGGAGCUCCAGGUUCCUGACAGUGUCCCCAGCACUUGCCCAUGAGAAGCAAACAGCUCCUUGGGAGGGCCCUGCCUUCCUGGAGAAAGGUGAGGCAGCAUGCUCCCAGGUCCCAGUGAGUGUCCUCUAUGAGGACCUUCAGGUCUCCUCCUCUUCAGAGGACAGUGAUGGGCAGUGAGUGAUGGGACAGCAGAUGCCACCUUCCUGCUCAGACUUGACAG